GCAAGGGACCUCGCAGAAGGCUGCUGUUUCCUGAUCUUUUCUAGUGAGGCAGUUUUGUUCCUUCACAUAGGGAGACCUCCCUGGAAAGCGAAGUCAAGCAGGUGGAUCGCGAGGUUGGCCCCAGCGGGUCAGGAAAGCAACUGUCUGCUGAAAAGCCAACUCUGAUCCUUAAGAUUAACGAGUAGCGGAACCACCACGUUGGGAGUGCAGCCCCCUCUUUCCGCCUCACGGAUUCAGCUUGGAAGUGCGGGGGUUUGUGGGGGGCGGUUAGGGAAUGAUAGCUGCCCCGUGGAGGAUGCCCAGGGCUGGGUCACGAGCUGGCAUGAGUCAGCCCUAUUCUGUAAGUCCUAGUUAUGAGGCUGCCGGUCUCGCGCCGUGCCCAGUCCCACUCAGCCUUCAAUCUUCCGGCCGGGCCCCCGCUGGGCGCCCUUGAGGGAACCGCGCCACCGCAAGGGCGGCGCGGAGGCUGCAAGGGGCGCCCGGCCGGCUCGUGAACGUGGUGGAAUCCAGACGGGGCGCACCGAUCUCCCCUCCCGUCGCGGGACUCUCCCUGCCCCCGGGCUCUGGGCUGGGAUUGGUGAGACGGAUGACGGGGUGAUCGGACGCCGCCAGCCACCGCGUCCCCAAGAGCCGGGGCCUCGGGCUCAGCUAAAGGCCCCAGAGUCACACAAGCGCCCCAUAAACGUCUGCUGAGUGAACGAAGGCGCCCCAUCUAUCAGAGGACUGCUCGGCGAUCCCACAGCAUGUCCAGGUCGCACUCGGCCGGCUAAACCUCCCGGACGCGGGAGCAGACCCCCAGGAUUGCGCCCCUGCCAGAAGGCUGUUUACUUAGGUUCCGCUAAGGAGGCGGGGUGGGGAUGGCACAAGCCGAUUGGUUAUGCAAAUUAUGGAGCCAAUUCCGGUCUAUGGUCCAGGAGACUACAAGUUCCAGAAUAAAUCCUUCCUCCAGCAUAGGGAGAGGUCGAGGUUUCCGGAGAGUUGCCUGCUGGGAAUUGUAGUCUUCAUCUUGUUUGUUACGCAGGCGGAACGGGGGAAGGGAGAGGGAGUAAACUAUUACCACGUGACGCUCGGGUCAGGUGGUUGGGCCAGCCUCCGCGCUGGAGCUGUGAUUGGCUGACUCUAAUAACAAGACGCCACUAGGGGCGGGCCUAAGACGAGCGCAAGCGCACUGCCUUGUGAGUCUCGGGACCCCUGUCGGAGAGACUAUGGCGCUCAACAAGAAUCACUCGGAGGGCGGUGGAGUGAUCGUCAACAACACCGAAAGCAUCCUGAUGUCCUAUGAUCAUGUGGAACUCACAUUCAAUGACAUGAAGAACGUGCCAGAAGCCUUCAAAGGGACCAAGAAAGGCACCGUCUACCUUACCCCUUACCGGGUCAUCUUUCUGUCCAAGGGGAAGGAUGCCAUGCAGUCCUUCAUGAUGCCAUUCUAUCUCAUGAAAGACUGUGAGAUCAAGCAGCCUGUGUUUGGUGCAAACUACAUCAAGGGAACAGUGAAGGCCGAAGCGGGAGGUGGCUGGGAAGGCUCUGCUUCCUACAAGCUGACGUUCAUGGCAGGGGGCGCCAUAGAGUUCGGACAGCGGAUGCUCCAGGUGGCAUCUCAAGCCUCCAGAGGUGAAGCCCCCAAUGGAGCCUAUGGCUACUCUUACAUGCCCAGCGGGGCCUAUGUCUAUCCCCCACCAGUCGCCAAUGGAAUGUACCCCUGCCCUCCUGGCUACCCCUAUCCACCGCCCCCGCCUGAGUUCUACCCAGGACCUCCCAUGAUGGACGGGGCCAUGGGAUAUGUGCAGCCCCCACCACCGCCCUACCCCGGGCCCAUGGAGCCUCCAGUCAGCGGCCCUGAUGUCCCCUCCACUCCUGCAGCCGAAGCCAAGGCCGCCGAAGCUGCCGCCAGCGCCUAUUACAACCCAGGCAACCCUCAUAAUGUCUACAUGCCCACGAGCCAGCCACCGCCACCUCCCUACUACCCACCGGAAGAUAAGAAGACCCAGUAGGCCCUCCUGCCUCCCUGCCUCCUGCCUCCCACCCUCAUCUCUCUAUCCUACCCCUCCCAUCAGGGCCGCACUGGGGUUGGGCAGGGGAGGGGGGUGCCUUGUUCUCCCUCCAGGUCCAAUCAUAAACAAUUACCAGGAACUAUUGUGGGACAUUAAUGCCCCUGGCCUCGGGAGAGGUGCUGCCCAGCUUCCCAUGCCAGCCUGGAGCCCAUGACGCUGCCCAGUGUGCCCCCUCACCAUCUGGGGUUCUCCUGGGAGCACGGGGCAUCCCCUGUUUCUGUUUCACUCUCAUAGCUUCUCCCCUCAAAGGGACUCUCUGGCCACCUCCUCCGCUGCAGUCCAGUGCCCUCAGUCUGUCAGCCACUGCUACACUCAGCCUCAUGAGCCACUUCAGACCAGCCAGGCAUCUUCCCGGGCUGCCAGGCCCCGCUCACAUUCCCUCCGCUGGUCUGUGCUGGUCUCAGAAGGCCACCAUGCCCACAUUCCACUCAGCCACCCUCCCUUCUCUGUCUUGCGUCAUGCUGUUGUCACCUGUGUGACUUUUGAAGCUGUAAAAUGAGCUCCCAGGGCUUGGGUGGCGCUGGGUGGGGCCGCUGAGGCUGGAAGGAAGCCCUUCUGCCUUCUGCUGGUGUUUCUGGAAUUUGCAUUCCCUCCCCUGUCACCUCCCUCUAGAAGGGGCUUCCUGACUGGAACUGGAGAAUGCAUGUCUGUCCACUUGGGGGCUGCUGGGUGGGCGGGAAACAAGGGCCCCCGACCCUGCAAGCCGUCCGGGACCUGCCACCAGCCCCACAGCCCGCAUCUCCCCGUAAGCUGUAUUCGUGCCCCUGGAUGCGCUAACACUUGCUUGUUCCUGGACCAGCCGUGAAGUGAGGAGAUGGUUAUUUAAAGAGAAUUCCCUAUUUAUUUGACAAAAAAUCCAGUUAAUAUAUUAAUGUGAAAUAAACCCUGUUUGCACCUUGA